AUGCACAAGCUCGCCAAAGACAACAAAGCAUAUGGCGACACGGGCGAACUCGUCUCGGACCCGAACGUCGACCUGGUGGCUGUACACAUAGUGGCCAAGGAGCUCGUCGGCCGCGGAGACUUCGACGACAUUCUCCAGACAAUGAUGCUGUUCACCAGCCCCUGGUUCGGAGCUACGUUCCCGGAAGCGGCUCUGUAUGGCACCAACAUCGCCAACGGUGCUAACCUGGGUGGCAUGACCCAGGCCGACAAGAACUUCUUUUGGGAAACUACCGGUGUCAAGGGUACCAUCCUGAUCGAGGGCCCGAUGGGGAACAUGCUGUGGUUCCCGCCGACGAUCAAGUUUGUCAAGGUCGAGUCCGGAUCUGGGAUGGAGGCUUUUGAGGUGCCCGAAGCCAAGGAAUUCUCGCACAACACGGGUAAGGCCUGGGAAGCGUUUGCAGGAGAGCCCGGAGAGGCCCAGGACUUUCCGGUGGCUUUGACCAGGCAUGAUAUGCUGGAUGCGAUCUAUAAGAGUAUCGAGCUUGGUCCGCGGGAGGAGGACUUGUAA